UCUCCGCUUGUCCGCUCGGCCUAAGAUGGCGGCGGCUUUACGCGCUGGCGCCGUCGCGCAGCUGAUGCGGUCCUGGAUCCGCCCGCUGCCCUGCUCCAGGCGGACCCUGCACACUAGCGCGGCUUGCGCCAAGAACCGGGCGGCCCGAGUUCGAGUGGGUAAGGGAGACAAGCCAGUGACCUACGAAGAGGCCCAUGCGCCGCACCACAUCGCCCAUCGCAAGGCCUGGCUUUCCCAGCACACAGGUAACUUGGAUGGGGAGGACCAUGCUGCAGAGCGAACUGUGGAAGAUGUUUUCCUGCGAAAAUUCAUGAUGGGCACCUUCCCAGGGUGCCUGGCUGACCAGCUUAUCCUAAAGCGCCGGGCCAACCAGGUGGAGAUUUGUGCCCUGGUGCUGAGACAGCUGCCUGCACACAAGUUUUACUUCCUCAUUGGCUACAGUGAAACUCUGCUCUCUCACUUUUACAAGUGUCCUGUGCGUCUGUACCUCCAAACUGUGCCCUCAAAAAUUGUGUAUAAGUACAUCUAGAUAACCCCAACCCGCACCCCCGCUUUUUUUUUUAUUUUAUUUUUUUUUUUUUGCAACAAGCUCUCUUCUUCAGGGGACAGAAACACCAGGAAGGCGGGGGGGAGUAUAAAUGGAGAAGUACUCAGGCUUUGUUUUCAAAGUGCCACUAAAUAAAUAGAACUUACUUUUUACUUUUCAGUGUGUCUUUACUCUUAGGAUGAGGAAACUAGAAUAGGGUUUCUUUGAGGCCCCAGAGCUCCUGGGAUAACUGCCAGUUGUUUGAGGUUUAGUUAGUAGCUAUCAUUCAAUUACAAACUUGUAUCAAACAGUAUCAGGGACUUUUCUUUGUUUCUUCUCAAAAUUGAAAGAUUCAGUUUUGGUGAUUAUAAAGUAAUAGUGUUUUGUUUUGUUUUUUUUUUAAAGAUUUAUUUAUUUAUGCAUACAAGAGCUGUGGUACAGACCAGAGAUGUGGGGGGUGAGAGGAUCCACCAGAGACAGAGCGGGGAACAGGACAGGCAGAUCGACCGAAAUACACUGCUGAGGCAGGCAGUGGGGCAAGACAGGAGAGGUCUGCCUUGCCAUGUGGGUUUCUCCCUGGGCAGCUGGGGAUCGAACUUGUGCUGCAGAGGCUGCAAACUACUUCACAGUGAGGCGCUCAACCCCUUAAGCCACCAGAGAGGCCCAAUAGUGUUAAUUUUUCAAAAGAGAAAUAUGGACAUGUAUCAAAUUAAUCAUGAAACUUUGUUGUAAUUCCACCCCAAGGAGAACCAUGAACUGAACAGUUUUUUGUAUUUCAUUUCCAGAUGUACUUUUUUUCCAGAACUACUUUAAUGCAUACUCAUCAUUGAUGAAACAAGUUUAUAAAUGAGCACCUACUCUGAAUCUGGUUGUCUUCUAAGUGCUUGGAAUCCAUCAAAGAACAAAAAUUAUUUGCAAGCUCUUUGCCUUUAUGGCACUUGUAUCUCUUAGGAGAGUUCAAGGACGGUUAGGCAGCAUUGGAGAUUCCAGACAGGUAUGAGAGAGAGACAUGCAAGUAAAUGGGGGAGAGUGUUUCAGAAAGCAACAUCUGCAAAGCUACAUGUACUGCUGGUGAUUAGCCAUGGAUUACUGACCUUCAACUUGAAUUUGAUACCUUCACCAUGACUAAUACCCUUAAUUUGAACUUGCCCUAAUCCUGACCCUGAUUCUCACGCUGGACCUUGUUCUCAUUGAUAGUAAUGCUCCCCCUGACCUUACCCACAGCUUGACCUAUACUCUCAACCUCACUUUACUCAGGAUCCACUUGGACCCUUCCUUGAUCCUGUCUCUGGCACUAACUUUGACUCAUGACCUUGAUCCUGAGUAUGACCCUCAUGUUUACUGUAACCCUGCUCACAAUAUGAACUUCUCCUUGAAAACUUCAUUCUACUCUCCUUUAGCAUGACCCUGACUAACUUCAUUUUUAACUCUAAACUUGGUGCCUGCUUUGAUUUUGAAAAUGAUCGUCAUCCAGAUUCUUGUGAUCUUGACUAUGAAUCUGGAAGUCAUUUAAAUCUGACUCUCACUCUAUUCAACAACCCUGAAAAAUGACAUUUAAGUCCUUUGACACCCUGAAGACAAAAAUCAAAACCUGACUCUGACCCAGACCUUGAUCCUUUUCACCUUUACUCUGCCACUGUUUCUGACUUUGAACCUAACUUUUGAUUUGCAUUUGACCCUCUCCCUCUUGAUUCUCACCUUACUACAAACUGACCUGAAGUUAUGACCCUCAGAGCAUGACUUUGACAGAAUUUCACUCUAUAACUACUGCUUAUCCUAAUUGCUUAUCAAAUAUAGCUGAACCUCAGCUGUACUUGAUUAUGUACCUGACUCUCAUGACCCAAAUUCAUGCACAUACUGAUAUGAAACUGAACUUGAAUCUUACCCUGUCACUUACUGUGUCACCGAUGCUCACCAGCUCCUUGAUACCAUCAGAGGGACCCAGAUCUUGACCCUGAUUCUUUUAUUGAAAUAUACGUUACACCGUGUAGUUCAAUAUUGGUUUAUGACACUAUAUGAUUUAGGGGAAUAGCCUCAUAUAUCCUUAGCUGUAUAUUACUAGACCACAAAUCAUCACCAAAGCACCCAUAGUCCUUUCCCACAGACUGUUAUGCCCCCUUCUCACUUUGUUCCAAUCACUAUAGUAAUCUCAGUUCGCUAUAGUAAUCUUAAUUCUACAGUCAUAUUCUUAGGGUUUGUUUUGUUUUGUCAGUUUCUUUGAUUAUAUAUAAGUGAAAUCAUCUGCUAUUUGUCUUCCUCCUAACUUAUUUCAUGUAGUAUAAUGUCCUUUAGUUCCAUCCACAUAAGUCACAUGGCAGGAGUUCAUCUUUUUUGUGCUUUUGUUUUUAAUAGCUGAAUACCUAUUAUGCUGAAUAGUUUUAAUAGCUGAAUAUACAGGGAAUACUUAUGCUUAAUCCAUUUAUCUGUAGCUGGGCACUUAGUUUGUUUCCAUAACUUGGCUAGGUAAAUAGUGCUUCAAUGAACACAGGAAUGUAUAUAUCCCUUAAGUUGGGGCAUUUGCAUUAUAUCCCUUAAAUUCGUGUGUUUGUAUUUAUUUGAAUAGAUGCCAAAGAGUGGAAUUACUGGCUCUAUGGUAAGAUAUCCAUGCUGUUUUCCAUAGGGGCAUGAGCAGUUUACAUUUAUACCAACAGCAUAUAAGGAAGGAUUCCUUUUCUCCACACCCUUGCAAAAAUUUGUUGUUGCUCUUUUCUCGUUUAAUGGGCCAUUUCAAUGGGAGUGAGGAGGUUUUGAUUUAGAAUUUUGUGCAUUUCAUGUUGAAUAUUUUUUUCAAUUGUUGACCAUCUAUACAUCUUUUGCGAAAUACCUUUAACUCUUUUUUUUUUUUUUUGAAGAUUUAUUUAUACAAGCACUGGGU